AAAUCUCUGGGUGUGUGAGAGCAGUGCGCAACAGCAACCCCAGCCAGUCUCAGAGUCAGUCACCGACCAUGACGCGCUGGCGCUCCUUUACGCAGGCAGGAUUUCCACAGUUUGCCAAUAAUUACAGAAAGCAGCAUUAUUUAAGAGAGAAAAUAACCAUGUUUUAGUGUUUUUUAUGUAGUCAUAUUUUGGAUACAAACACAGUGGAAACGAAGUGGAAGUGGAUUGAGAAAGCAGUCGCCACGUUCUUCAGUGAAGCAGCGAUGGAGGAGCAGCGGGAUGUGAAUAGCACGGAUAGCAGCGAAGGAGAGAGCGUGUCCCCGUCUCCGAGCCUGCCCUCGCCGCCUAUACUGCCUCUACAGGUCGCUCAGCAGGCCCACAGAACCACCAACUUUUUCAUUGACAACAUUUUGCGACCGGACUUCGGCUGUAAAAAGGAGCACGGUCUGGGCCCGCGGGACCGGGCGCAGACCUCCGACCGUGAGCGCGUGCACCCGGUGGUCAGCAGGCCGAGUCUUCCCGGGACACCGUGCCAGGACUCCAACUGUAGCAGUGACAGCACUUCGUCUUCCGCCUCUUCCAACGCCUCUUUGGCGAGUCCCAAAAAGAGCAACGGCAGCUGCGGAGGUUCUGCAGCGGCUGUCGUAUCCACCGGGAGCGGCGGCACUGUUAAAGCCGAGGACAGGACUGGCGGCGGGGCCGGGGAGAACACUUCCUCCUCGCUGGUGGUGUUGAACGGCACCGGCGCACCGACACCGGAGACGCAGCCGCUGCUCUGGCCUGCCUGGGUCUACUGCACGCGCUACUCGGACAGGCCUUCAUCUGCAGGGCCAAGGACACGGAAACUGAAAAAGUCGAAAAGUGGCAAAGAGGACAAGCGGCCGCGCACGGCCUUCACGGCCGAGCAGCUGCAGAGAUUGAAGACGGAGUUCCAGGUGAACCGGUACAUAACGGAGCAGCGGCGGCAGUCUCUGGCUCAGGAGCUCAACCUCAACGAGUCCCAGAUUAAAAUCUGGUUUCAGAACAAGCGGGCCAAGAUCAAAAAAGCGAGCGGCUUCAAGAACGGCCUGGCGCUGCAGCUGAUGGCGCAGGGACUGUACAACCAUUCCACCACCACUAUCCAGGAGGACAAGGAGGAUAGCGACUGACGGGUCCGCGCCGCCGCGGCCGUCCUCCGCACGCACUCUGUACAUUGUAAAUAAGUCAUAUCUAAUUUAAGGAGGAGGACGGGAGGGUGGUGUCAGCAGCGCUCCGAAUCCUCCUCACAAGUGACUCUAGAGCACAAGAGACGAACACAACGCAUACUUCUGGACUGACCUACCACCGCAAAACCAAAGAUUUUAUUGGAAAACAGAGCCUGACACUUUCACUUACAAGAAAGAAAAAAAACAACCCCUCGCCCCAGCAAGAGGCUUCAUUCAAACUGUCGCUGAAUUGCUUUUUCUGGACCAAGCGGCGUCUAAGAGUUGUGUUCAUCCUAAAUUAUAUUCGACCGAGAUGCCAUACAUCGAUGAAGUGCCAAAAAGUAACGAUGUAAUGAUGAUGAGUACGAGACACUUUAAAUGACACUGAAUCCCUUCAGGAAUAUGGAAAUAUUCAGGAAAAUCUAACACUAAUGUCAUAUUCUGCCUCUACAGUGUCGCUCCUCGUCACGUGGAGGAGCUUUCAAAUGACACCAUGCAGGAAACAUGAACCAAUAAUUACCAGAUAAAAAUAAACUGCAUACUCACCGAUAGUCCUCAUGACCAGGAACGCCAGAUCAAAUAAAUGAAGAUCGAAUAAAAUUAAAUAAACACACAAAGAAACAUAAGAAAAAGCAAAAUAAAACAACUUUAAAUCCCUCACAUUAAUAAGAAAUAAUAAAUUAUGUGCAGUGUUUCCAUCAGAGUGUCUGAGCUGGUACUUGAGGGAAUAACAUUCCAAAAUGUUCACGGUGGUGCUUCUGUAACAUCCCAGAAUGACUGUAAGUGUUGAACCUUUGUUAGAGGAGAUAGAAGCCUGAGGAGCAUCCAGAGGACGGGCUCUGUACAGUUCUACCAUGUUUCCAAAUAAACACUUUUAUAUUGGAAAAGAACAUCUUCA